GAUUCUGGGACUUGUAGUUCUUUACAUAACCACCGGAAGUACUUGAAGGCUAGUGCGCCAGCGAGGUCACAUUGUCCGUGUUUUGCAAUGUUUUGAACGACCCUGCCGCAAUGGAAGCUGUCAACAAAGGGGAGAUGCACCUUAGGCAUGUGGAGACUGACGUGCUCAUCCCCAAACUGAUGAGGGAGAAAGCGAAGGAGAUCUGCGCCGACAGAGUUCAAGCUUUCAACCACUGCUGCAAAGAGACGGGUUUCUUGAUGGUGGUGAAGUGCCGAGAGGAGAACGCCGCCUUGAAGGACUGUCUGACACAACACUACAAGGACCCGGCCUUUUAUGAGAUAUGUAAGCAGGAAUACAUCCAGGAAAGAACAGAGUUUGAGAGGACGGGGAUCCCUGCUAAGAAUAGGAAACAAAAACUCCCAACCAGUAUGUAAAUACCUCAGUUUUGUUGCAGUGUUUCUGUUUGAGGGCUGACAUGUGUCACAGGAACCCACGUAGGCAAGAAUUGUAUUUCAUCAAACAAACAAUGUAUGUCUACAUCAUCUUUGCAAAACAUUGACCUACAAUUGUUGUAGAUAAAAACAUUUGACUAAAUAUCAAUUACGUGUUUUAAAAAAAGAAAAGACACAGAAAAGUAUACUGAUCAUGUUUCAUGUCAUUAAAAGUGACACACAUCUAUUGUCUUAUUUCCCAAAUGGUUAUGUAAUUAUAAUUAAAAUGUUCAGGUCCAAUGUCACACAAUCAUUUUUGUAAAUUAUGCAUGCAAUAUAAUUAAUGGUGUUUUUUAUUUUAAAGAUGUUAGUAUACUUGUCAGAGUAGAGUACAUUAGAAAUGUAUUUUUCAUACUGUAUAUCUAUAUUUAGUGUUUGAGCAGCACUAUAAUGUAUGCUUAUUUUAAUAUGGGAACAAAUCUAGUAACAUUGUGAAGAAUAAUCUGCCUUUUUAUAAGGAAACUGUCUGAAGAUGUUUACUUUUUUUUCUUAACAAAUAAGCAACACAUGCUUUGUGCCGGUAUUGAUUAGCUGUUAUUUUUUGGGAAAUACAAUUAUUUCUGCAGGGUUUUAAUCUCAAACUGAACCACGUGCAUGGAAAAAAACCCAAAACUUUACACAUUGGUCUUUUCAUUUCUUUAGUUGUCAUAUUUACAAGUGCAGUAAAUCUAAAAUAGAUAUCUACUGUACAUUGCAUUUUGGUUUGCAAAUCGUUUACAGGAGUAAGAAACUGCUGCUGUAAAGUAAAAUGAAAUGCUUAUUAGAGGAAAAAAGAGAAGAGUGGUCAUGAAAGUAAAUGAAUGUCCUUUUGUACACAGUUUCUUUUCUUAGCACCCAGCUCACGUUUCUCCAGGUUAAUAUUGUCUCUCAUAUUCAACAGACAUUAAAAUAAACAAGGAAAGAUUACUCAUAGUUUGGAGUGCAAAACUGCAUUUGGCAGGGUGCUUACGGCCAUCAUGUACAUUUGACUUACACAUCUAAAUACAUUGUUCCUUCACUUGAUCAAUUCAUCUGACACGUAAAAAAUAGGACAAACGUCCCUCAUAAUGCAGAACACAUUGAUUUGAUUUACAUCAGCACAGUACAUGUUUUAAUUACACUGAGUCACAAGCUCCCUAUUGUACCCCCGCCAACCUCCCCAAAAAAAGAUAGGCAUCUGUCAGUAGUACUGCCACUAAUAUGUAAACACAAGGAAAGUUAAAGAGACAUGAGAAUUUUGGUUAUCAACUUGUUGGUGAAGUGGUGAAGAUGUGGCUGGAAUCCUGUUUUUUAGUUUAAAAUGUGUUUAAGCCUUGUUAAUGUAGCCGGCAAUUCAAACCUUGUUGAUCAAAUCGGAUCUCAAAGCUCUUUGUCACGCAUCAGCAUUUCUGUUUUACAUGCAUGGGUUGGAAGUAUCGCACGCAAAUAGUGAUGCACAAUAAACACACCAAACUAUGAGCAGUGGAAAAC